AUGUCGACCAGCAUCAUCACCCCUCCAGAGCCGCGGACCUUGUUCCCACCACUUCUGGCAUGUCUUCCCACGGCCUUCAUGUCGCCGCGACCUCCACCAGCACUGCUUCCUCUUCUUUCGCCCAUUCUACGUCAACGAGUCAACCUCCUCGCUGGCAACACCUCCUCAGGUCAAGGCGGCUGGUUGAACCUGCUUUCCUGGUCGUCCUCUCGCUCCUCGAAACUCGGCGGUAAAGUCGAGAACCUGCAAUUAGAAGCCCACCCUGUAUCCGGCGAGCUCGAACUCGAAGACAUCGACAAGAUCAACUACCGAAGGGUCGAUGAGGAAACACUGCAGUCCUGCUUGCAGGUCGAAGAGUUUGGAUUGUUGCCAGUAUACGUCUGGUGCGAGAACGAUGCCGAGGGUGGUCAAGUCGGCGGCACAACAGGGUGGAGACUAGCCGAGCUGCGCGCUCUCGAGGACCUCAGCGACGACGUUGCCCAAUGGACCAACUCCAUCGCCGCUGCAAACGACGUCUUUGAGAGCCAGUCUCACCCCAACGCGCCUGCCACAACCAUCCCUCAACAAGCGACAGCAGAGGACGAUGACGACGAUGACGAUUACUGGGCCAGCUACGACCGAACACCCAACAACAGAACUCCCGCCCGCACACCUGCCAAACGCGCUAGUCCCGCUCCUGGCACUGGCCCUUCAAACCUCGCUCCCACAAACGACGAGCUCGAAUACUUUGCCCGCUACGCCGCUGAGGUGCAACCCGCCCUCGACGACCACGAUCCCGAUGAGGAACACCCAGAGACCGCAGACUCGACCCUGCGCGGCGGCGAGCUCAGCACAAAACAAGCAGGGGAACCAAACACAAACCCUGCACCUCCAAUGUACGCUGCCGAAAACAACGAGUUCAACAACACACUCCAAGCACAAAAACAAGAGUUGGAAGCACCGAGACCCACAUCUCCGGGUAGCAGUGUUGACGUCCUCGAGCGUGGCGCUGAGGACAUGACAAGAGCAGAGGUUGGCGUGAAACAGUUUAUUAGCACGGAGAUGAAGAGCAUGUUCCGUCUCGCCAGGAGCGUGGGCAUGGGAAGAGAAGAAUUCGAGAGGAUCAUCAAGACCGAGCUUGACGUCUUGACCAUGCUCGAAGCCGACGAUUGA